AUGGGAAUUCUCUACGCACUGGUGGCACGUGGUACGGUGGUUCUGGCGGAGUUCACCGGAACCACCACAAACGCAAGCGCAAUCGCGAGACAGAUUCUAGAAAAAAUUCCCGGCGACAACGAUACUCAUGUAUCUUAUUCUCAAGAUCGUUACAUCUUUCACGUUAAACGGACCGACGGACUUACCGUUCUUUGUAUGGCGGAUGAGAACGCCGGAAGGAGAAUUCCGUUUGCGUUUCUCGAGGAGAUUCAUCAGAAGUUUGUUAGGACUUAUGGACGCGCGGUUCUUAGUGCGCAAGCUUAUGGAAUGAAUGAUGAGUUUUCUAGGGUUUUGAGUCAGCAAAUGGAGUAUUUCUCUAGUGAUCCUAAUGCGGAUAGGAUUAAUCGGCUCAAAGGUGAAAUGUCUCAGGUACGGAAUGUCAUGAUAGAAAAUAUUGACAAGGUUUUGGAUAGAGGUGAUAGGUUGGAAUUGCUGGUGGAUAAAGCAGCUAAUAUGCAAGGAAACACAUUUCGCUUCAGGAAGCAGGCUCGUCGUUUUAGAAGUAAUGUGUGGUGGAGGAAUGUCAAGCUCACGAUUGCUCUUAUAGUCGUCCUACUUUUGAUAGCAUAUGGUGUGUUGGCUUUUGUUUGCCAUGGGCCUGCACUACCGUCUUGCUUCUAG